AUGGAAGGUAUGGAUAUUGAUGAUUAUUCAAUAGUAUGUUCUUUUUUGUUUGAUAUUCAAUUGAUUGUUAUUUGUUAGUUAUUUGUAAGGUAGCUGGUAACAAAUAUGAAAGAGAAAACACUGCUACUUAUAAGGUUGCUGGUGGGUUUGAAAACGAUGGUUGAUAUUUCUUUAGUUUUUAAACAAUCAUCAUUUUGUUGCUUUUCUACUUUAUUAAUAUUACAUCUAAUAUUAAUUGGUUCUUUUUAAUUCAAUUUGCUAACAAUCUAUAAGGAUCGUUCUCCAGUUAGAGAUAGAUCUCCUGUAAGAGAUAGAAAUUAUGGAAAUGACAGAAAUUAUUCAAGUAGAGGAGAUAGUUAUUCAAGAAGAGAUUAUGGAUCAAGAUCUUCAUAUAAUACUGAUUCAAGAAGAGGAGGUUAUAGAAGCUCAAGAGAUUACGGAGGUAAUUCAAGAUCUUCUUAUUCACCUGGAAACGAUGAUUUGUAUCGUGCAAAAACUGAAAGAAAUUAUGAUAAUUCAAUUUUCAUCGGGAAUAUUCCAUUUGAUUGUACUUCAAAAGAUGUUGAAAAUAUCUUUAGUAAAGAUUUUGAUAUAAUUCGUGCAGAUAUUGUUACAAAUAGAGGUCAGUCAAGAGGUAUGGCUACUGUUGAAUUUAAUACAAAAGAUGAUGUUAAAGAAGCUAUAAAUAAGUAUGAUAGGUAUGAAUAUCAAGGUAGAGAAAUUUUUGUAAGACAAGAUUAUCCACCUCCUCCAGAUAAAGGAUCAUUUAGAGGUGGUAGAACCUUUGAUAAUAGAAGAGGUGGAAGAGGUGGUUUUGAUUCAAGAGGUGGUAGAGGAGGUGGCUAUGGAAGUAGAGGUGGAUAUGACUCAGGUUAUGGAGGUAGAGGUGGAUAUGGAGGUAGAGUUGGGUUUGACUCAGGUUAUGGUGGUAGAGGUGGUUAUGAAAGUAGAUCGUCUUUCCAACCAGCAGCUCCAGGUACAGAAGUUUUCAUUGGUAAUUUACCAUUUUCAAUAAAUUGGCAAGCAUUAAAAGAUUUAAUGAGAGAUGCUGGUGAAGUGGUCAGAGCUGAUGUUAGAUUAGAUGAAAGAGGAAGAUCAAAAGGUUUUGGUACUGUUGUUUUUAAUACAAAAGAAGAAGCUGAUAAAGCUAUUGAAAUGUUUCAAGGUUAUGAAAUUGAAGGUAGAAAACUCGAUACAAGAGCAGGAAAAACUAGUUCAGCAUUAUCAUCAUCUGCAGGUAGUGGAUCAAGAUUUGGUGGUAGUAAUGGAGAUUACUCAUCAAGAGAUGAAGCUGGUGGUUCUGGAUCCACUUCAAGAAAUACUGAAUUUACUGAAGGUGUCACCGGUGAUGGACCAAAAAGUGAAACCAUAUAUGUUGCUAAUUUACCAUUUGCAACUCAAAAUGAUGAUUUAUAUGAAUUAUUUGAAACUAUUGGAAGAACUACUAAGGCUGAAAUUCAAUAUUUACCGAAUGGUAGAUCAUCAGGUAAUGCAGUUAUUCAAUUUGAAUUAGAAGAUUCUGCUGAAAAUUCAAUUAAUCAAUUAAACAAUUAUUUGUAUGGUGGUAGAAAUUUGAGUAUCUCAUAUGCAACAAAACCUUAA